CCCCUCCCGCCCGGUGUUUGCGCGGCGCCCGCGGGCUCGGCGCUCUCCGGCGCCCAGGCUGGGCGUGUGCGAGGCCCUGCAGCUCCGGAGAUCGCCUGGGGCCGAGGGCGCAGGUCGUCGGAGGCGAUGUUGGGCAAGGAUUACAUGCUGGCCAUCAUUCUGGUCAACUGUGACGAUGACUUGUGGGGGGACCAAAAUCUGGAGGGGGAGACAGGAUUGCCCCCCGGCUGGAGAAAGAUCCGCGAUGCUGCAGGCACUUACUAUUGGCAUGUACCCAGCGGUAGCACCCAGUGGCAGCGACCAUCCUGGGAACUCGGAGGUGCAGAGGACCCUGGAACGGGGAAGGAGGGAAUUUGGGAGCUGCGACCCCCCAAGGGGAGAUCCUUCUCCAGCCUGGACAGUUCAUUGAACCGGAGUAACUCUCUAACAUGGUAUGGUGAAGAUUCCUAUGUCCGGAGCCUGGAGCCAGGAGCUAAGUGCUUUGCAGUCCGCUCUCUGGGCUGGGUUGAAGUGCCCGAGGAGGACCUGGCACCCGGGAGGAGCAGUAUUGUUGUCAAUAAUUGUAUCCAGCAGCUGGCCCAGACUCGUAACCGGAGCCAGCCCCACAAUGGUGCCUGGGGUGAGGGCCAGAACAUAUUGAUGAUCCUUAAGAAGGAUGCUAUGAGCCUGGUGAAUCCCCUGGACCACGGUCUGAUCCAUUGUCAGCCUCUGGUUCACAUCCGUGUCUGGGGUGUGGGCAGCUCCAAGGGCCGCGACAGGGACUUUGCCUUUGUUGCGGGUGACAAAGACAGCUGUAUGCUCAAGUGCCAUGUGUUUCGCUGUGACGUACCUGCAAAGGCCAUUGCAAGUGCUCUGCAGGGGCUCUGCGUACAGAUCUUGUCUGAGAGGAUAGGAGUCAGUGGAGAAGCUGCUUGCUGUUCCUCAGAUCCUAUUUCCCCUGAAGACUUUCCAAGGCAAGUGGAGUUGCUGGAUGCAGUGAGCCAGGCUGCUCAGAAGUAUGAGGCACUGUACAUGGGGGUCCUUCCCGUUAACAAAGCCAUGGGUAUGGAUGUGCUGAAUGAGGCCAUUGGUACCCUCACUGCCCGGGGGGAUCAGAAAACCUGGGUCCCUGCUGUGCUCAGUGUGUCUGACUCUCUGAUGACUGCACAUCCCAUUCAGGCAGAGGCUGGUGCAGAGGAAGAGCCGCUGUGGCAGUGCCCUGUGCGCCUUGUAACCUUUAUUGGUGUUGGCCGGGACCCGCACACCUUUGGCCUCAUCGCUGACCUUGGCUGUCAGAGCUUCCAGUGUGCGGCCUUCUGGUGCCAGCCUCAUGCUGGGGGACUCUCUGAAGCUGUGCAAGCUGCCUGCAUGGGUUUCUCUGUGUUGUUCUGGAGGCAGUCCUGGAACUUGCUCAGUAGACCAGGUUGUCCUCAAACUCACAGAGAUCUGCCUGCCUCUGUCUCCUGAGUGCUGGGAUUAAAGGCGUGCACCACCACCACCUGGCUUAUUUCUGAUUUCUUAAAGUAUGGGGAAUGCUAAUAUAAGGUACACACACAUAAACACUCAUGGGCACACUCAUAUAACACCUUUCAGCAUGUAGGUAAAGUGCUGUAUAGAGUGGGUACCAUUUGUCUGAUUCAACAUGCUUCUGGGUGUGUGGGCAUUUCAAUGUAGGAUGCUUAAGCUACAUUAAUUCAGUUCACUUAUUCAUUAAACAAAUGAGUAUAGGGGUCAGUUACUAUAAUUCUGAGAAUUCGUUGAUACAGAAAGUACUCACAGCCUUUGCCAUCACAGAAUAGAACAGAAAUACAUCAGAAACAAGUUACAUACAUGAUGAUGGAGAUGCUUCCUCAAGUGGCAGGACAGCCACCUGUAGGGGAAAAGAAAAGGCACCCAAUGGAGUAUGCCAGGUGAAGAGACAGCAGAUAUGCCAGAGAACCUCAGGAGUGGAUAUAAGAAGGAUGUUAGUGGUUAGAGUACCUGAAAACAUGGUGUGCGUGGCCUGCAAGAGGGUGUAAUGAUAGAUGAGAACAGAGAAUGACAGAAACAGGUCGUGAGAACUUCGAGAUUAGCCUUGGACACUGAGGACCUUUGAAGGACUUUAAGCAGGACGUUGAAGUGAGAUCUGUAGAUUUUGCCUACUUAAGCUACAGUGCAAGUAAACUAUAGGAGGUAGAAAGCUAAGUAGUAUCUGCUCUGAGUAAUCUAAAUGAGAGUUUGAUUAGGACAGCUAUUUUGGGAAUGGGUUGGCUUUAUAGACUUUCUCUUCACUAGAGAAUCUGUUUUUCCAGAUAUUGUUACAGAACAAUGAGGGAUGGAGGAGAGUCUCUUCUGGUAGGUGUAGUUAAGAGUGCAAACUUUGGCCAGGUAGUGAUGACACACGCCUUUAAUCCCAGCCCUCUGGAAGCAGAGGUCUACCAAGAUGGUCUACAGAAUGAGUUCCAAGAUAGCCAAGGCUGCACAGAGAAACUGUCUCGAAAAACCAAAAAACAAAAGUUCAAGCUUUACAGCUGGACAGACUUACAUCAGAAUGCCAGGUCUAACAUUUUCUAUUUGUGAGACCUUAGACCAGUGGUUCUCAAUCUUCUUAAUGCAAUGAUCCUUUAUUACAAUUCCUCUUGUUGUGGUGACCGCUCCAUAAAGUGAUUUCAUUGCUACUUCAUAACUGUAAUUUUGCUACUGUUACAAAUGGUAAUGUAAGCACAAUUACUUAAAAUGUAAAUAAAGAAAAUCUGUUAUGCAGGAUAUAUGAUUCCCCUACUGGUUAAGAACCACUGUCCUAGACAAAUCAUUUCUCUCCGAACCUAGAUAUUGUCAUUUGCAAGAUGAGUAUAGUAACGACUCAUAAAUAACUAGGUUAAAUUAAAUUAUCAUACAAAGCACUUAA